AUGGCCAGACAAGACACCUCACACUUCCCCCAUGGCUUUGACCUCAGCGCCCACUUUGUUGACCUGCGGCCCCUCGGCGCUGGCGGCACCGGUCUGGUCCUGUCGGCAGUGGACCAGCGUACGGGACGACGCGUGGCCAUUAAGAAGCUCCUGAUGCGGGACGCUGUGACGGUGAAGCACGCGCUGAGGGAGGUCAAAAUCGCCCGCCGGCUACACCAUGAGAAUGUAGUCCAGGUCCACGAGGUUUUGGCACCCUACGGAAGACCCCCGGCGAAAGAUCCGGCCCAGCAGGGAGCUCUGUAUGUGAUCCAGGAGUGCAUGGAGAUGGAUUUGGCCAGACUGCUGGAGCAAGGAGCUCUAUCUACAGGCCACGCUACUCUGCUUUUCUACCAGCUGCUGAGGGGACUCAAGUUCAUCCACUCGGCUAACGUGCUGCACAGAGACCUGAAACCUGCCAACAUUUUCAUCAACACCGACCAACUGCUGCUCAAGAUCGGAGACUUCGGCCUAGCCAGGAUUGUCGACCCUCACUACUCUCACAAGGGCUAUCUGUCCGAGGGUCUGGUCACUAAGUGGUACUGUUCUCCUCGUCUGCUGCUGUCCCCCAACAACUACACAAAGGCUAUAGACAUGUGGGCCGCAGGGUGCAUCCUGGCAGAAAUGCUGACUGGACGCAUGCUCUUUGCAGGAGCUCAUGAGUUGGAGCAAAUGCAGCUAAUCCUUGACACGGUGCCAGUUAUCAGAGACGAGGACAGGCAGGACCUGCUCCAGGUGAUGCCUUCGUGUAUUAAUCGUGGGUGGAAGGUCAAGAAGCCCAUCUCUCAGCUGGUACCUGAGGUGGAUGCUGAAGCUGUAGACUUCCUGGAGCAAAUCCUGACCUUUAACCCCAUGGAUCGCCUUACGGCUGAGGCGGCACUGUCCCAACCGUUUCUGCGUCUGUAUUCCUGUCCAGAUGACGAGCCCACCUCGUCGCACCCCUUCCACAUUGAGGAUGAGCUGGAGGACUGCCUCAUCAUGGAGCAAGGCCUCAGCAACAGCCUCAGUCGGACCUCCAGCAUCCACUGGGACUGGUACCGUAAACAACUCUUACCAGCGGAUGUGUGCUGGCGGCAGUCCGAUGGGAGGUGUCACUGCAUGCCUUCUGGUCACAUGACCUCUGAUGUGGAAGACACCACAGAAGAAGAGGAGGUCCAGAGGGACCCAAGAGCCAGCAGCGUCUCACUUUCAGAGGAGGCCCAGGUGGACCCACGUAAAUAUUCCCACAGCAGUUCCGCUGAACGCUUCCUGGGACACUCCCACUCCUCCCUGGACCGCGCAUGUGGUCUGGGCUUCGGGGACUUGGACUGCGGCCGUUCGUGCGACUACAAAGUGGGCUCGCCGUCCUAUCUGGACCGGAUCGCUUGGCGGGAGGGCAAGCCUCAGCACUACUCGGAACCAAGGCUCAUUCUGGAUCUUUCUCACUGGAAGCGCAACGCCACCAGCAACCCGCCGGUGUCCAUCCAGCCCAUAGGUGGCAGUGUGGAGGACAUGAGGGAGGUUGCGGGAACGGAAACGGGGGAUUUGUUUCAGGAGAUCUCCCGUUGGGUGGAGAGCACACAGUCUCGUCAGUACUCACCGAGUCCAUCUUUGGAGCCACAAUCGCCGCCUCUCCCUCUCUCCCCUGCUGACCUCCAGAACCCAGUCUUCCAAUACUCAGAGCUCGGACCAUGUGACUACGACGAGGACCGACUCAGCCCCUUUCCACCUGUCACUCCUCCAUCUCUCCGCUCACUCCUCCCAUCCACUCCCACCUCUCCUCCACCUCCUCAGUCGCCUCACAGCGAGUCUUCUGCAUCCUCUCCUCUUUUUCCUCCUUCCCAACCUGAACCUCUCUCCUCAUCCUCGUCCUCCGUGGCUGAAUCGCGAGCGUCGCCUCUUGUCAAGCAGAAGGAGCGUCUGUUCGACUUGGAUGUGUUUAUCUCUCGCGCUUUGAAACUGUGCCGGCAGAAAAAGGAGAGAGGAGACGGGAAAGGGCGCAGGGAAGGAGGAUGGAGGGAGGAGAGCACAAAUAGAAGGGUCGCAAGACCCCCUGAGCAUAGGACGCCACCACCACAGACCUAAAGUCCUCUAAGUACACAAAAAGGGUGCUUAUAUAUCGAUUCUCAAAUAGUUUUAAGGCUAAUUGUAUAAAACUUACCAACCAUAAUAUGGUUUUUAAUUAUUCUUUUUUACAAUUGCCUUUAUACUGCAGAUACAUAUCGGAAAUUUGCAUACAUGCUCUUUAUUCUCAGGAGCAAA